AUGUUUGCGGCUAAUCUUGGAGUCAAUUAUCUACUGAAUCUUAUCAUUGUCGACGAUGUAAUGUGGAUCUGGUAUUAUGAUCGACAAGGCAUCAUUCAAUGCUCAGGCAUAAACUUCAUUCAAGAUCUCCCACGAUUUAUGGUGUUAUUGUAUGCUCUACAACGAUUCGACCUUCACGAUUGGGGCCGAAACAAAGACUUCCUCCCAGUUCAAGUUGAGGGGAAACUAUGCCACGAAUUCAAAAUCAGGGAUGAAGAUCUUGGAAUGGUGGAUCUGCUGCUUCACACCAGUGACGACGAAAGAGUGACUCACUACGGACUGCAAGGACGGGCCACUAAUGUGGUCGCUGUCACCAGCAAAAUGCUCACAAAAAAAUACAGCAACUUCCAGGAUGGGAUGGUGGCCAAGAUCUUCUGGGGAGAGGCGAGUCACACUAGUGAGCCCGACAUCUUGAACAAGGUUAGGGAGAUUGCUGAGGUGCAUGAUACUGUAAAAGACCAUAUCCCCGAACUGCUCUGGCACCACAGGUUCACGAAUCCCAGGUCCGCCAUCCGAGAAGCGCUUGGUGUUCCUGAACCCACUACGGGAAGUCGCGUGCUCUACAUUCUUGUAUUCCGCAAGCUUCUCCCCAUCACGAAGCUUUAG